AAGGUGGAGAGAGACGAGAAGCCGCCGAGAGCCGACCACUCUCCGGGCCCGGUCUGUCUGUCCGUGGUGGUUCUAAGCCUCAUCUGUAUCCUGUAUUGUAAUGGCGUGAAGGAAAGCCAUGGCAGAUUUCCAGCCUGGUGAUGCUGUACAGAACACAGGUGGCCUGCUUCCAUGCCUCCUCAGCUUCAAGAAACUAGAAUGAACCGAAGCAUUCCUGUGGAGGUCGAUGAAUCAGAACCAUACCCAAGUCAGUUGCUGAAACCAAUCCCAGAAUAUUCCCUGGAAGAGGAAUCAGAACCACCUGCUCCAAAUACAAGGAACAUGGCACCCAACAGCUUGUCUGUACCCACAACGCCUCACAACUCCUCCAGGGACUUUUCUCAAGCUCACGCAACCCUGAAGCUUGCAAAUCACCCGCGGCCUGUAUCCCAGCAGGUCACCUGCCUGCGCGCUCAAGUUCUGGAGGACAGUGAAGACAGCUUCUGCAGGAGACACCCAGGCCCAGGCAAAGCUUUCCCGUCUGGGUGCUCUGCAGUCAGCGAGCCCGAGUCUGAGUCUGUGGUUGGAGUCCUCCCUGCAGAGCAUCAGUUUUCAUUUAUGGAAAAACGUAAUCAAUGGCUGGGAUCUCAGCUUUCAGCAGCUUCUCCUGACACUGGCCAUGACUCAGACAAAUCAGACCAAAGUUUACCUAAUGCCUCAGCAGACUCCUCGGGCAGUAGCCAGGCGAUGGUACAGCGGCCCCAGCCUCACAGGAACCGAGCAGGCCUGGAUCUGCCAACCAUAGACACGGGAUAUGAUUCCCAGCCCCAGGAUGUCCUGGGCAUCAGGCAGCUGGAAAGGCCCCUGCCCCUCACCUCCGUGUGUUACCUCCAGGACCUCCCCAGACCUCUCAGGUCCAGGGAGUUCCCUCAGUUUGAACCUCAGAGGUAUCCAGCAUGUGCACUGCCUCCCAAUCUUUCCCCACAUGCUCCAUGGAACUAUCAUUACCAUUGUCCUGGAAGUCCCGAUCACCAGGUGCCAUAUGGCCAUGACUACCCUCGAGCAGCCUACCAGCAAGUGAUCCAGCCGGCUCUGCCUGGGCAGCCGCUGCCUGGAGCCAGUGUGAGAGGCCUGCACCCUGUGCAGAAGGUUAUCCUGAAUUAUCCCAGCCCCUGGGACCAAGAAGAGAGGCCCGCACAGAGGGACUGCUCCUUUCUGGGGCUUCCAAGGCACCAGGAACAGCUGCAUCACCAGCCACCUAAUAGAGCUGGCACUCCUGGGGAGUCCUUGGAGUGCCCUGCAGAGCUGAGACCACAGGUUCCCCAGCCUCCGUCCCCAGCUGCUGUGCCUAGACCUCCUAGCAACCCUCCAGCCAGAGGAACUCUAAAAACAAGCAAUUUGCCAGAAGAAUUGCGGAAAGUCUUUAUCACUUAUUCGAUGGACACAGCUAUGGAGGUGGUGAAAUUCGUGAACUUUUUGUUGGUAAAUGGCUUCCAAACUGCAAUUGACAUAUUUGAGGAUAGAAUCCGAGGCAUUGAUAUCAUUAAAUGGAUGGAGCGCUACCUUAGGGAUAAGACCGUGAUGAUAAUCGUAGCAAUCAGCCCCAAAUACAAACAGGAUGUGGAAGGCGCUGAGUCGCAGCUGGACGAGGAUGAGCAUGGCUUACAUACUAAGUACAUUCAUCGAAUGAUGCAGAUUGAGUUCAUAAAACAAGGAAGCAUGAAUUUCAGAUUCAUCCCUGUGCUCUUCCCAAAUGCUAAGAAGGAGCAUGUGCCCACCUGGCUUCAGAACACUCACGUCUACAGCUGGCCCAAGAAUAAAAAAAACAUCCUGCUGCGGCUGCUGAGAGAGGAAGAGUAUGUGGCUCCUCCACGGGGGCCUCUGCCCACCCUUCAGGUGGUUCCCUUGUGACACUGUUCAUCCCCAGAUCACUGAGGCUAGGCCAUGUUUGGGGCCCUGUUCUGACAGCAUUCUAGCUGAGGCUGGUCGGUAGCACUCCUGGCUGGUGUUUUCUCUGUUCCUCCCCGAGAGGCCCUCUGGCCCCCAGGAAACCUGUUGUGCAGAGUUCUUCCCCGGAGACCUCCACAUACCCUGGCUUUGAAGUAGAGUCUGCGGCUGCUCUGCAUUCUCUGCUUUUAAAAAACCCAUUGCAGGUGCCAGGGUCCCACAUGUUCCUCCUGACAGUUUGAUGUGUCCAUUCUGGGCCGCUCAGUGCUUAGCAAGUAGAUAAUGCAAGGGAUGUGGCAGCAAAUGGAAAUGACUACGAACACUCUCCUAUCACUUCAGGCUACUUUUAUGAGUUAGCCAGAUGCUUGUAUAUCCUCAGACCAAACUGAUUCAUGUACAAAUAAUAAAAUGUUUACUCUUUUGUAA